AUGGUCUGGCCGACCUUCGGCGGUUGGCCACUAGUCCACCAGCAGUCUGGUGGCCUACCGGUUGGCCUCCGACGACCAGUCACCGGUGGUCCGACCAUCGGCCAAUCGCCUUCUUCUUCCAUCUCGUCUUCUCUUCCGCGCUCUGUUUUUAUCGAGAUUCUCAGAACUUUGACACAAGAAAUUCCACAUAAUCAUGAAGUGCAUUGUUCUAGAGAAAGGAGUAGGGUAGCCUGGCAGAUUAUUGAAGAGUAUUUAAUGCCUUUUAUCGAUCAAGAAGAGUAUCAACUUCCAAGCAAGUGUAGGCUUCAUCCCAAUAAUGACAUGUUCUGAUAACAAGAGCAGCACAAGGUUCAUGUGGACACAAAUGAAUGGCGGUGUGGGCUUUGUAAGAAAAGCUUUCGUGCAGAGAAGUUUCUUGAUCAGCACUUUGAUAACAGACACUAUGUUUUGCUAAAUAAUACUCAUGGUCGAUGCUUGGCGGAUUUAUGUGGAGCUCUCCAUUGUGACCAGAUGAGUGAGUUGAAGAAGGCCAAGAAAUGCAAUCCCGCUGCUGUUGCAAGGAAUCGCCACCAAUGUGAGCCACAUCUUACCAUCCUGUUCUUGGUUUUCUUGCACCAAAGAGAAAUGAAGAAGGGAAUACAGAAUUUGAAACACAUUCCAAAAGCAGGGCGCAAAACAAAACCUUCCUAGUUAGAUUGCCAUCAUCUUGAAGCAGACACCAUUUUUUUUCUGGAUGAUCCUCAAGUUUUCCUCAAGAGAAAGGUUGACAUUGAUAUAAUCUGCACAUUUAUAAGGGUUAAAGUCUGAAGUUUGUUCACUGUUCCUGCACUCUUGACCUUUCAAUUACUUGGAGGACAUCAUCAGCUUUACAAGAAUGUAGACAAUCAAAAAGAAUAUCCUCACCCCAAACUGUACUUUAUCAUUGUACUACUCUUAUUAUUUGUGAUAUUAUAAUUAUUCUGGGAUUAGUGUUUGGAAAAUAAUGGUCAAAUAAACUUUGAAGUGUUUACUAAGGAGUAUUUGUGAGAUA